UCGGAUAACUCGAGCUGAAGCUUCGAAGGCUGGGAUGGAUAAGAAAAUUCUAUGCGGAGUUGUCGUCCACCCCGCCAACGUGACUCCAGCAAACUAACGCUAGGCUGCUGAUUUGCAAUGGUCGAAACAUCGAUCAAGUUUUGCCCUAGAUCAAGCUUUUCAUCAGGGAUGCAACUGACACUUGAAGAAAUGGUUUUCGUCCCUCAAAGUACACUCAGUGUGGUUCCAAGGUUGCGUUGGCUCCCGCAAAAGGUUCUGUCAAGAGGGAAGGACAGGAGGGACAGGAGGGACAGUCGACCAACCAGUCAAAUGCGUACCUUCUUUGGGAAUAGAAUGACCAAAUACCUAGGGGUCAUCAGUUUAUCAAACAAGUGCAAAUAUGCCUAACAUGAAAAUGCAAGCAAUGCUUUCUUCAAAGCAACCAGUGUCUUUACUGCAGGUUUUGGCUGGGAUUGCAAAAGAAGCUUUCGCGUGACUGUUCCAACAAAGCUUCUCAGUAACACCGCGUAGCCCACCACGUUUCCUGCUUGCGUUUUCAUCAUGCCUUCUAUCUCAAAUCUUCUAUAUCCCAAACUUUCAGCAUCCAUGCUAUCAAGCCCUUCAGUCACUACAAUCCCAGCUGCCUCGCAGCGAUGGCUUCACCAACACGGACAGAAUCAAAGCGUUUAGCAGCAGAGCUUGGAGCUUUUGCACGUCUCCCAUACGAUAUCCGUGAACAGAUCUGGCUUGACAUCGCAUAUCCCAACAUCGCAUACCCCCAGCUGACAGCCGAUAAAGUCCACACGCUAGACGCCUAUACACAUCUUCUCAACACGAGCGAGGCAUUGAGAGACGAGAUACAGCAUUUGCUGUUCAAGGGAUCCGUGGUACAGUUCGACUGCGGCCCCCUCAUUUGGCUCGCCUUUUCUAGAGAUGGCAACAAGCGUGGUCGUUUUGAAGAUGACGGCUUAUUCAGUCGAGAAAUGUUACUAGGUCUCGUCCUGCUCUACGAGGCCAACAAAUGGGGAACCUUCCCCUGGGGUAUACUCGAGCGGAUUGAGAUAAAACUCCCUGCGAUAUCUCCAGGGGCUGCGAAAGCUGCGUUUGACCUGUGGACUAACAUUAGAGAGAUCACUGGCCAUCUCGAGAACGUUCGGCCGUUGCCUCGUUUUGUUAUUCGCCUGGAAGCGAGCAAUACUCUAGAGGAUCAUUGUUGGUUUUCGCAGGAGAGUCUUGAUGACGAUUUUGACUACAAGUUCUUCGUCCGUGCAUUUAGCCAUCUAAGGGAUAUCGCGACUACUAUUGAAGUUUGGUCUGGUUCCUGCGCCGCUAGCCCUAGCAUCUGCUGGAAAUCGAUCAGCUGGGUCUACGCCCCGCACUUGAUUAUGCCUCCUGCACCUCAAGACGCUACUACCGAUGAAAAGUCACCUCACGAGCAAGCAUUCGCAAGUGAUCAUGACCUCCAAGUCUACCUAGCCCGGGACUGGUACAUGAUGUCUCUCAAAACCGCGCGACCUGGCCAGAAUAUAGGCGAGUCCGUCAAUGAUCUGAGAAAUGUGUGA